AUAAACAGGCCUCCACAAAUGGAAAAAUAUUUAACCCCUGUACUUGCCAUGUUCUGGGUCCUCUCAGUAGCCAGAGAACAGAAAGAAAAUCUGUCCGUGCACGAGCGAAGGGUGAAACCGAGAGUGCAGCACCGACCUGAAGGCACCUCUUCAGGGGGGAACCCGAAACUUGAAGAUUCUCUUUCCUGUGGGAGACUCCAAACCCAAUAUAUAGGUUAAAAAAACUACCCAAGAUGACUGUCACUUACUCCAGUAAAGUAGCAAAUGCGACUUUUUUUGGAUUUCAUAGGUUACUCUUCAAGUGGAGAGGCAGCAUCUACAAACUACUGUACAGGGAAUUUAUUGUUUUUGCUGUUCUUUACACAGCAAUAAGUUUGGUGUACAGAUUGUUACUUACAGGAGCCCAAAAACGUUACUUUGAAAAAUUAUCAAUUUACUGUGACAGAUAUGCUGAACAAAUUCCAGUAACCUUUGUGCUUGGGUUUUAUGUUACUCUGGUAGUGAACCGAUGGUGGAACCAGUUUGUGAAUCUGCCCUGGCCGGACAGGCUGAUGUUCCUCAUCUCCAGCAGUGUCCACGGAAGCGACGAGCACGGGCGCCUGCUCAGAAGGACGCUGAUGCGCUACGUAAAUCUCACCUCCCUGCUCAUCUUCCGCUCGGUGAGCACCGCGGUGUACAAAAGGUUUCCAACGAUGGACCACGUGGUUGAAGCAGGUUUUAUGACAGCAAAUGAAAGGAAAUUAUUCAACCACCUGAAAUCUCCUCAUCUGAAAUAUUGGGUUCCAUUCAUCUGGUUUGGAAAUCUUGCCACUAAAGCUCGGAAUGAAGGUAGAAUCAGAGACAGUGUUGAUCUGCAAUCAUUGAUGACUGAAAUGAAUCGAUACCGCUCUUGGUGCAGCCUCUUAUUCGGUUAUGAUUGGGUUGGGAUUCCACUGGUUUACACCCAGGUUGUCACUCUUGCUGUCUACACCUUCUUCUUCACGUGCCUGAUUGGACGCCAGUUUUUGGAUCCCACCAAAGGCUAUGCGGGGCAUGACUUGGAUCUUUACAUUCCAAUCUUCACUCUCCUACAAUUCUUCUUCUAUGCAGGAUGGCUCAAGGUGGCUGAGCAACUCAUCAACCCUUUUGGAGAGGAUGAUGAUGAUUUUGAAACUAACUGGUGCAUCGACAGAAAUUUGCAGGUCUCUCUUUUAGCUGUGGAUGAAAUGCACAUGAGCCUACCCAAGAUGAAGAAGGACAUUUAUUGGGACGAUUCUGCCGCCCGACCGCCAUACACACUGGCAGCUGCCGACUACUGCAUACCUUCGUUUCUGGGGUCAACAGUCCAAAUGGGGCUGUCUGAGUACGACUUUCCUGACGAGCAGUGGCUGUGGGAUUAUGAGAAGCACGGCCAUCGGCAUUCCAUGAUUGGACGAGUCAAGCGGUUCCUGAGCGCCCACGAACACCCCUCCACCCCCAGGAGGAGAAGCUACAGGAGGCAGACCAGUGACAGCUCCAUGUUCUUCCCCCGAGGCAACCUCAGCCCUGCCAAGGAUCUGCUGGAUGUGCCCUCAAGAAACCCCCGCAAGGCCUCGCCCAUGCCGCAUUCCAGUGUGGGAGAACUGUCCACAAUCCGGGAGACCAGCCAGACAAGCACUUUACCGAGCCUGACCCCACAGCCCAGUGUGAGGACCUCCCCCACCAAAAUGCCACAGGUCCCCGAGGUAUUGAUGACAGCGGCCAAAGCACCAGUGCCCACAUCAGACACCGACCACCAUGACUCUACUACCUCCAUCCUGAGCUUUGAGUUUACUGGGGUUCAGCCAAGUGGGCCUGGGCAGCAGGAGGGCCCGGUAGGGUCAGUUCUGUCCGCCUCAGAGAAGGGGAAACCUCCUAGUGGCCCCAGUCCCCCGACCAUUCCAGCCGACACUGAGAGAAACAUAUUCAAGUAUGAAGAAGACUCUGGUGAUACAGACAUGUUUCUAAAAAGGUGGAGCCUCCCAGACUUCCUGGGGUCCAGCCACACCUCCCUGGGAAACCUAAGUCCAGACCCUGUGAGCUCUCAGCCACCUCUUUUAGUUGACACAGAAACAUCCUCAGAGACCAGUGGAAUCAACUUCAUGGCCGGCUCUCAAGUCUCUCCUGAUGUGCUGUAUUUAAUGGAAAACCUGGACACCAAGGAAACAGAUAUUGUAGAGCUGAACAACCAGCAAGCUGAGGAAUCGCCCAGAGGACUGCCACCGAGUUCGAGAACCUGGUUCUAGCCGAGAUUCUUACUUUCCCAAAUGUUCAGCAUUAGUCCCAGGAUGUACCUGGGACCUGGUCAGUUUUAAAAAAAAAAAUGAUCACACUGCAUAAACUACUUAGAACUUUGAAGGGCAUUAUGAUGCUGACUUUUGAGAACUGAGAAAAGCAAACACAUUCAUGUCAUCCAUCACAA